AUAAAAAAAAAAAAUUUAAAAUUAUUUGUGCAUGUAAGGUUACUUAACGCUGAAGCACGCCGACUCAGUUCCAAGUCUCAUAAUCCGAAAGUGCGAGUUGAAGAGCCAGCACUCACUUCCCGCCUAAACCCCUUUCCUCUUCUCGCUCUACAAUAGCAGAGUAAAUAAGCCGUUGAGCUUGUUAGGUUUUUUUUUUUUUUUUUUUCCCCAAAUUUCCGGCGAAAUGAGCAUGAAUUCGUCGGAAAAGACAGAUGAUACGAAGAAAAUGAUCGAAUUUGAGGACGAGAUUGAAGGCGAGCACUCUGACACCACCGACUACUUCUUUGAAAGGAUUGGAGAGCCUGUACCUAUCAAACCCCAUCCUUUCAAUUUCGAUCCCCAGAAUCCUCCUUCUCAGCCCCUCGCCGUCUCCGAGCUACACGGCGUCGUUUUCAUCGCACAUUCCUCCGAUGGGUUUUGUGUUGCGAGGACCAAGGAUGUUAUAGGUCUCGCCCUUGAGACUAAGGAGAAGGGUAACGGUUCAUCUAUACAGGAGUCCAGUAUUGUGGAUGUUCCUCUAUCAGGGAAUGUUCGCAUUCUCGCUCUCUCUUUUGACAAUUCUACCCUUGCAGUUUCAGUUGCUAAUGAUAUUCAUUUUUUCUCUGUGGAUUCGCUUAUUGAUGAUAAGGGACGAAAACCUUCUUACACCAUUUCAAUCGAUGAAUCAAGCUUUGUCAAGGACAUUCAGUGGAGAAAAAGAUCUGAAAAAUCUUAUCUGGUUCUUUCAAAUCUUGGGCAGCUUUAUCAUGGGACAGUUGAUGGCCCUUUUAAACAUGUCAUGGACAGUGUAGAUGCUGUCGAAUGGAGUGUAAAAGGCAGUUAUAUUGCUGUUGCAAGAAAGGAUAUUCUUAGCAUUUUUUCAUCCAAGUUAAAGGAGAGGUCGUCCAUGGCAUUAUCGUUCAAGUCAUGGAUUGGUGACUCUGAUGGGGACUACUCUGUAAAAGUGGAUUCUAUCAGGUGGGUUCGGAAGGAUAGCAUCGUUUUAGGAUGUUUUCUAAUGACUGAAGAUGGCAGAGAGGAAAAUUACCUUGUCCAGGUCAUCCGAAGCAAAGAUGGCAAAAUAUCUGACGUUUCUUGCAAGCCAGUCAUGAUAUCUUUCUAUGAUUUGUUUUCUGGUGUCGUUGAUGACAUUCUUCCAUUUGGAAGUGGACCAUAUUUAUCGUUGAGCUAUUUGGAGCAAUGUGAACUUGCAUUUACUGCAAACAAGAAGAAUAUGGAUCAGCAUCUUGUUUAUCUUGGUUGGUCACUAGGAGAGGAGAAAGAAGUUGCGGUUGUUGAUAUUCAACGUGAUAAGUGGCUACCUAGAAUUGAGCUUCAAGAAAACGAUGAUGAUAAUUUGGUACUGGGGCUUUGCAUUGACAAAGUUUCAUGCUAUGGAAAUUUUAAAGUCCAACUUGGGGUUGAGGAACAGAAGGAACUGUCACCAUUUUGCAUUCUUCUAUGUCUUACGCUAGAGGGAAAACUUGUUAUGUUCCAUGUUGCUAGUGUCAAUGACACUACAGUUCAACCCAAGGUUAUUUCUGCCUUUUCUGAUGAGGAAGGCGAUGCUUAUGCGGUGGAACCUGUAGAAAUUCAACUAUCGAAACCUUUUCCUAGAAUGGAAAAGGAGCAGUUAGUACAGGUUUCUUCUAAUCUACAAUUAGAGGAUUUGAGCACAAAGGAAAUUAACAGGAAAGGAAGUAUUGAGUUCUCUAUUAAAACGGACAUGAAGCCCCCUGAUGCUAAUGAGUCUUUGUUCACUAUGCAUGUUGCUAAUCAAAUAUGCCAAGCAGAAAGUAAUGUUAAUAAAGAGGAAAUUGACAGAAAAGGAAGUAUUGAGUUCCCUAUUGAAACUGACAUGAAGCCCCCUGAUGCUAAUCAAAUAUGCCAAGCAGACAGUAAUGUUCAUAGAGAGGAAGUGAAGUCCCAAGUAAACAUGCAUUCUUUUGAAGCUGAUGGGAAACAAAAAGUUUCUCUCCAGAAGGGUUACCAAGAAAGGGAUAUUAAACAAAUACAGCUUUCUGGUCUGGAUGGAACAACUUUUGAGCAAUCAUCUACCAGGGCUUCUCUUCUACAAGGACCUAAUCAUGCGGUUAAGGAUCUCGGCAAGACAGGAUCCCAAAAACUUGCAGGACUCGGCUCUAGUGUUUCUUUUACAGGAAAAAUUCCAGCUGGUGCUGGUGGUCUAUCCAAUAGAAAGGAUUUGCAUCCAAGUGUUGAGAUGGGCAAGGAACCACUUGGAAAAUUAGGGUUAACAGGUUUGCAGAGUUCUUCCGAGUCAAUGUCAAGCAGAAAGUUCAUUUCUUCAAAUUACCCUGAUGUGAAAGCUCCACUUGUUUCUACAAGUUCUGAAAAUGCGGGUUUUAAUGUUGCUGCUACAAAUUUUUCUGGAGACCUUGCUGGAAAACGAUUUCAAUUAAAGGAUACUACUGGUAUAUCAACUUCACUCAAUUUUUCUGAUAGGCCAAUUCAGAGUGGUGGCGGACAGAGAUCUUCAGCAGCUUCAAUUAAUAUCGAAUCAUUACCUUCAAUUCGCAGCUCACAAGUGUCAUCACAGGAAAAUUCUCAAUUUGGCAAGUCUGUUCACCACAUGCAUUAUUUGUCCAGGGAAAAUCAAAGACCAAUGCCCCACUCUGGGACAUUGAAUUCUGAACCAAAUUUAUCGAAACAAUUUGGCAAUAUUAAAGAGAUGACCAAAGAGUUGGAUAUGCUACUGCAGUCUAUAGAAGAAAAGGGUGGCUUCAGGGAUGCCUGCACUAUUCUACAGAAAAGUUCAGUUGAAUCGCUGGAGCAAGGCAUAGCGACUUUAUCCAAGAAAUGCCAAAUGUGGAGGAGCAUUAUGGAUGAACAACUUGUGGAGGUGCAAAAUCUUCUUGAUAUGACCGUACAAGUUUUGGCAAGGAAAAUAUAUGUUGAGGGCAUUGUCAAGCAAGCUUCUGACAGCCAAUAUUGGGACCUCUGGUAUCGACAAAAGUUGAGUUCUGAACUUGAUAUGAAGCGGCGGCAUAUAAUAAAGUUGAAUCAGGAUAUGACUCAUCGAUUAAUUGAAUUGGAGAGACAUUUUAAUGGCCUUGAACUGAAUAAAUUUGGAGAAGUUGGUGAAGCUCAUAUGUGUCGAAGAGCCUUCCAGAGCAAAUAUGGACCUUCAAGACAUGUUCAACCCUUGCAUGGUUUACAUAAUGCAAUGACUUCACAAUUAGUAGCUGCUGAGCAACUAUCCGAGCAUCUAUCAAAACAAAUGACAUUGCUGAAGAUAGAUUCGCCUUCUGUGGAAAAGCAGCCUGUAAAAAAGGAGUUGUUUGAAGCAAUAGGGAUUCCUUACGAUGCUUCUUUCAGUUCCCCUAUUGUCACCAAAGUGAGUGAUGUUUCGAACCAUAAUAUUCUACUUUCUUCUGGUUCUACCGCUGGUAAAGACCAAUCCAGGAGAAAAUCAAGUGCCUUGAAGAAGAAUGAACAGGAAACUGCUAGGAGGAGGAGAGACUCACUGGAUCGAAGUUGGGUUAGUUAUGAGCCUCCAAAGGCAACUGUAAAGAGGUUGGUUUUGCAAGAAAGCCACAAGGAAAGUGCAACUAUGGACAAGAAAGUUUUCAAUCCUCAGAUACUUGAGGGAUCAGCAGUUCGACCAAGAGAGCGCACAACCUCUUCAACCUUGUAUUUAUCUGAAAACAAAGCAGGAGUUCCCGAUGCACCUGCAAAACGGGCUGCUGAUAAACCGGCCAGUCCAUUCAUACAUAAACAUCCAGGAUCAUCACAAUUUACAGGGCUGAAGUCUCCUCCUUUGCAGAGAAACAAUCUACCUUCAGAAGCUCAAUUGUUUUCUGGAACAGGGCAUAGCAUUGGGAGUGCCACGUCCAAUGUGACUGCUGAAAAAUCAAGCGGUGGUCAAAAUCAUAUUGGCAAAUCUGGCUCGGAUUCAGUGGAGACCAAGUUUUUCCUGCAUACUGAUGCAGAUGCAUCUACAAAGCCAUCUAUGUCUAUGAUGUUGCCUGUGCAGGAAUCAAAAUUUCUGAGGAAACCCAGUGAAAUUUCAAAUUCUACUAAAGCAGUUGAACUUUCAAAUUCAACAAUAGACAGUAUACAGGAUAGGCCUUCGGCCAAGGGUUCAUUUCCUGAAUCUGGGAGAAAGCAGGAUUCUCCAAUGCCUCUGAUGUCUGCUGUUCCAAUGGCGCCUAGCCUGCCUGGAAAAGUAUCACAGUUCAAUCUUGCAACAAGCAAAUGUCAACCCGAUGAAAAAUUGCCACCUUCCACAUCCUCAAUAUCAUUUCCACUGUCCACAUCUUCAGCUCUUCCAUCUUCAUUAUCAUCGUCAACUGGUAAAAGCGGUACAGAUGCUAAUCGGUGUGUCUCAAGUUUCACAUCAGCAGCUUUUCACUCUCCAGUUCUUCCUUCUUCUGGUGCUUUGUCUUUUCAAGCUCCUAAACCACUGGUUUCCAUGUCUUCCCUUUCACCAGCCACUCCAACAUCAGAGUCUGAGCUUCAACCUGCAAUAUUAGAUGUGGAUGCUGCUUCUACAACACCAACUUUGCAGCCUGGUCCUUCCACUGGUGGAUUCAAUUUAAAUCUUAAACCUUCAGCAUCGGCACCUGGAAGCCAGCCUAGUUUCAAUAUCACUGCUAGUCCUGCACGUACAAAUGCUCAAGCAGAACAACCAUCUUCUGCACAUGUUUCGAUCCCAGCACAACUUACAACUUCUGGGAGUUUUACUGGUGGAAAAACUGAACCAAUAGAUGUUUCAAAUACUCAGGAGGAUGACAUGGAUGAAGAAGCUCCAGAGACAACCAACACUACUGAACUUAUUUUGGGAAGCCUAGGUGGGUUUGCGCUUGGAUCUACACCGAACCCAAGCGCUCCUAAACCUAAUCCUUUUGAUGUUUCAUUUGGUAAUACAACAACUAAUGUGGCGGCUCCGCCAUUUAGCAUGAAUGUUCCUAGUGGAGAGCUAUUUCGGCCUGCAUCUUUUAGUUUCCAAUCUCCACAGCCGUCCCAACCUUCUGCACCUACAAGCUCAAACCCAUUCCCUGUUGGAUUUGGCACUGGACCAGCAGCUCAAGCUCCCUCUCCAAGUGGGUUUGGCCAGCCAGCCCAGAUUGGAGCAGGACAGCAAGCCUUAGGAUCAGUUCUUGGUACUUUUGGACAAUCAAGACAGCUUGGAAGUGGUGGGUCAGGAAGUGGUUUUGGAUCUCCUAGUGGUUUUGGUGGCACUGGUUCCAUUGGUGGCUUCUCAAGUGCUGCUGCUGGAGGAGCAUUUGCUGUUGCUGCUCCUGCUGGUGGUGGGUUUGCUAGUUUGGCUUCAGCUGGACGUGGGUUUGCUGGUGUGGCUUCUGGUGGCAGUGGUGGUGGGUUUUCCGGCUUGUCAUCCGCAGGUGGAGGAUUUGCUGGUGCCACCUCAGGUGGUUUUGCCACAGCUGCCACAAGUGGUGGUGGAUUCAGUGCGUUUGGCGCUCAACAAGGGACUGGUGGUUUCUCUGCAUUCGGUAGCAACACAGGUGGAAACGGAAAACCUCCUCAACUAUUCACACAGAUGAGGAAGUAAUUUACAAAUGCUCUAAAUGACUUGUACAAGUCAAGCUUUGUUGUUGUACCAGAUCACGUCAAAUCCUUAGAAGAGAAUCCUUUUUGUUUUUUGUUCCCUGCCGGGUUCAUUUUUUUGCCGCAACACACAAUCAUACUGGAAAUCGGGAAUUUAAGGUUCAAAAUUUGCACAAGAAAA